UAAAGUCAAACGAAAGACAGUGCAAUGAAGUCACUGCGCGCACAACUGCUGGGGCGUGUGUUGCCAAUAUUCUUGCUCUUGCUGCUCUAUCAGGUGCUGCUCACUGAGGCAUAUAUGCGUAGCGUACGUAUUGCGGAUAUUCCAUUCAGUUUGGCAGACAACGCCGAUGAAAAUCAUCUAAAUGAGGGACGUUUGGUUGGGCAGAUGGUAGGCGUAGAAGGGAGAGGCAUCCAUGCGAUUUCUAGUCUGGAACAGCGACGUAGUUUCUUUCAUAUAUUCAAUAUACCUUAUAUUGUUUGCUUUUUUGCCGCUAAAGGCAAGUGGCCAUUCAUACCAAACUUCAUACAGGGACGCGUCGAUGCGACUGCACGCACCUUCUUCAAACAAAACGAUAGCUCCAUCAAGCAAUUUUGUGAAAAGUGGAUACAGAUUAAGGAGUGCUUUAGACCCAUUUUUGCAACGGUCACGGCUACUGAUGUUGAAAGGCUUGGCCCGGUACGUUCUACUCCUUGCACAUGCGCAAAUCUGAUUAAUGAACCAGUUGUUUUCUUCGAUAAGGAUCACAUUGGCAAUGUGAGCAGGGAUACUAUUUUAAAUACCAUAGAAUUUUUGGAAAGUUUUCUCCCACCACCGCCGUCAAAGAAGACCAAGAAGAAAAAUCGCGUACGCAGCAGAGUGGAUGAAAUGGAUAUUGAUUGA